AUGACCGAAUCACUCGCCAUUCUCCGCCGGAACCGCUCCGACGAACUAGCAAAACUAGCCGACGAACACAUCCAACACGACCUCCAACCAAACGACCGCGACAAGCUCAAAGCAGCCGCAACCUCAAUCUCACUAUGGACGACUGUAGGAUCAGCCGUCGGUGUGAGUCUGGGACUACUGGCCGCUAUCCGUCUGCGAGGCACACGCAAGGCGUUUUUCUCGGCUAUUCGUGCGCAGGAGAGACCUACCAAGGUUGUUUUUGAGGAUGGGCGGACGGAAUCUAUUCCCGAUCUUACGCCAUUGUUGAAACCUACUACUUUGGGCGACUUUGCGACUUAUUUCUUUGCUUCAGCUGGUGGGUUGCUCUUGGGUGGUGAACUUGGUUUCGCUGGUGGUGCUGCUAGUGGGAGCCGGACUAUCUCUGCUGAUCCGGAGAGCAAGAAGAGGAUUGAGACUGCGUUCCGCAGAUUCCGGUCCGAUGUUUUGCGGAAGCAGGCUGAUGCUUUGGAUAAGGGUGGUGAGGGCUCUGAGUUACUUUGA